AUGAACGGUCCGUUAUGUUUCUUGGACUACUUCACCCCCACCCCUCACCACCUACCUUCUCACCAUCCCUACUUUCUACCUCAUCACCUUACUUACCCCCACCCCUCACCAUCUCAACUUACUCCCACCCCUCAUCACCCCCUACUACCCCACCCCUCAUCACCCUACUUUACCCCCACCUCCCUCACCAUCCCUACUUAUCCCACCCCCUCACUUUCACUCCCUACUUUCCCCACCCUCACCAUCCCCUCUACCCCCACCCCCACCACCACCCCUUACUACUCCCACCCCUCACCACCCCUACCCUCCCCACCCCCUCACCAUCCCUACUUACCCCCACCCCUCAUCACCCCCCUACUUACUCCCACCCCUCAUCACUCCUACUUACCCUGUCCCUCAUCACCUCCCUACUUACCCCCACCCCUCAUCACCCCCUACUUACCCAACUCCCUCAUCACCCCUACACCUCCCCCAAGCCCUCUCAUCACCCCUACUUACCCCACCCCUCAUCACCCCUACUUACCCCCAACCCCUCAUCACCCCUACUUACCCCCACCCCCUCAUCAACCCUACUUAACUGCCCCCCUCACCAUCCCUACUUACCCCACCCCCUCAUCACCCUACUUACUCCCCACCCCUCACCCAUCCCUACUUACCCCACCCCUCAUCACCACCCUACUUACCCCACCCCUCAUCACCCUACUUGGCACCCCACCCCCCUCACUACCCCUACUUUCCCCACCCCCUCACCAUCCCUACUUACCCCCACCCCUCACCACCCCUACUUCUAACCCCCACCCCCUCAUCACCCCUACUUACCCCCACCCCCUCACCAUCCCUACUUCACCCCCACCCCCCAUCACCCCUACUUACCCCACCCCUCAUCACCCUACUUCUUACCCCCACCCCUCAUCCACCCCUACUACCCCCACCCCCAUCACCCUACUUCUACCCCACCCCCUCAUCACCCCUCUACUUACCCCAAGCCCUCAUCACCCCUACUACUACUUCCCAUCCCCUAACCAUCCCUACUUACCCCAACCCCCCAUCACCCCUACUUCACCCAACUCCCUCAUCACCCUCUACUUACCCCCACCCCCUCAUCACAUCCCUACUACUCCCCCACCCUCAUCACCCCUACUUACGCCCACCCCCCUCAUCAAUUCCCUACUUACCCCACCCCUCAUCACCCCUACUCUACCCCCACCCCUCACCACCUCUACUUACCCCCACCCCUCAUCACCCCCUACUUACUCCCACCCCACCAUCCCUACUUACUCCACCCCCUCACUAUCCCUACUUCCCCCCACCCCUCAUCACCCCUACUUCUACCCCCCACCCCAUCACUCAUCCCAACUUCUACCCCAACCCCAUCACCCCUACUUACUCCACCCCCUCAUCACCCCUACUUACCCCACCCCCCUCAUCACCCCCUACUUCUCCCCUUGGACCCCUCAUCACCCCCUACAUUUCUACCCCACCCCUCACUCCAGCAUCACCCCUACUUUCCCCCCCCCCUCAUCACCCCCUAACUUACUCCCACACCUCUAA